UCGAAAUUGGACUUUUUUGUCAUUUUACUCAACAACCUGGCACCACCGUCAUGCUCCUCCUCCGUCUCUCCGUAAAAUCGUGAAGCGUAAAGCCCUCCACGGCGGUUGCUUCGCUGCCUUUAACCGGCUGCUGCACUACGCACACCGCGCACCUACUCCAGGCCAAUAACGAAUCUCUCCUUUUCUCUCUCUCUCUCUCUCUUAAGCCCUGAAGGCCACAAAAUUAUUAUCCCUCUAAAAUAUCGCAAUGCGAAUGCGGAGAGCGCUCCUCGUGCUCCUCACACUCCUUUGCUCUCUCGCUCUCGUCUUCUCCGCCGCAGAUUCUGAGUUCCGAGGAGGAAACGACGGCUUUGAUGGAAGAGCGGGGUUGAACACUUCGCUGGCAGCGAGAUCUAAGGAGGAUAGCUUCGCCGACAUGCUUGAUCGAGCUCUGGAGAAGGAAUUCAACGAGACAAAUGACCAGACCGAUGUAACUGAUCAUGGGAGUUUCAACAAUAGUGUGGCAGAGCAGCAGGCAGUUCUGGAAACCGUUGCUAGGGUCAAGUCCAAAAAGAAUGAUACAAAAGAAGAAAAGUCCUUUCAGUUUCAUGAUGUUUUCAUCUUGGAGGAUACUGGAGCAGAAGAUACACCUACAUUGAUAGAUCAAAAGGACAAUGUCUUUAUCAUGUCCAAUCCGAAGUCAAAAUUUCCUGUUUUGCAGCUAGAUCUAAGAUUAAUAUCAGAUCUUGUUGUUGUGAUUGUUUCUGCAACUUGUGGUGGCAUUGCCUUUGCUUGUGCUGGACAACCGGUAAUCACUGGGUAUUUGCUGGCUGGAUCCAUUAUUGGACCUGGAGGGUUUAACUUUGUUAGUGAAAUCGUUCAAGUAGAAACGGUUGCCCAGUUUGGUGUUAUUUUCCUUCUUUUUGCACUGGGAUUAGAGUUUUCCACAGCAAAGCUUCGUGUUGUUCGAGCUGUUGCUUUGUUAGGUGGCUUACUCCAGAUAUGUCUCUUCAUGUGUUUGUGCGGGAUAACGGCCUUGUUAUGUGGUGGAGAAGCAUCUGAGGGUGUUUUUGUUGGUGUCUUCCUGUCAAUGUCUUCAACAGCAGUGGUAUUGAAAUUUUUGAUGGAAAGAAAAAAUAUCGGUACGCUUUACGGACAAGUUACCAUUGGAACCCUUGUUCUACAGGAUUGUACGGUAGGUUUGCUAUUUGCACUGCUUCCAAUUCUGGGUGGUACUUCUGGUGUUCUUCCUGGAUUGGUGUCCAUGGGAAAAAUAUUGGUCACUUUGGCUGCAUUUUUUAGCGUUUUGUCAAUAUUCUGCCGGACAUUUGUACCUAGGUUUCUUAAGCUGAUGAUAGGCCUAUCAUCACAGACUCAUGAACUAUAUCAGUUGGCAUCUGUUGCUUUCUGCUUGCUUGUUGCCUGGUGUAGUGAUAAGCUGGGUCUUAGCCUUGAAUUGGGUUCUUUUGCUGCUGGAGUGAUGAUAUCAACGACGGAACUUGCUCAACAUACACUUGAUCAGGUUGAGCCAAUUCGGAAUUUCUUUGCUGCUCUUUUCCUAUCCAGUAUUGGAAUGCUUAUCCAUGUUCAUUUUCUGUGGAAUCACAUUGAUAUUUUACUGGCUUCUGUUAUUUUGGUAAUCGUCUUUAAAACGAUUGUGGUUGCACUAGUAGUCAAAUGUUUUGGUUACAACAACAAGACUUCACUUCUUGUUGGAAUGUCUCUGGCUCAAAUUGGGGAGUUUGCAUUUGUUCUUCUGAGCCGUGCUUCCAAUUGUCAUCUGGUUGAGGGUAAAUUGUACAUGCUGCUUCUAGGCACAACAGCACUUAGCCUGGUGACAACUCCAUUACUGUUCAAACUGAUUCCUGCUAUUGUGCAUCUUGGAGUUCAGCUACGGUGGUUUUCAGCUGAUACCCCAAAUGAGAUUGGAUCAAAAGGAGAUCUCCUGCAUGCUGACAGUGCUAAGCGUAUCACAGUCUUGGUCCAAGGCUACCAUGAUUCGUGAUAUAAUUCAAGUAAUAAGAAAUAAAAAAAAUACUACUGAGUGUAAGCAAAUCUCAGAUUUUGGCUGAUGGCAUUGGCAUUGUUAUGCAAUGGUGGGCGUGAGGUGCCCAAGAGUGAACCACACUUUUGUGAAUAUACGAGCUCCGGAGCUGAGGACACAGUUGACACAUCUAAAUUCGAACUUAGAAGUGCAUAGAAAUUGUAUACAUCUCUAACUCUCUUAGUGUAUGCGGUUUGUAGGAUUUUGUUUCAGGUGAUAGCCUUUAUUGACAAUGGACAAACUCACUAAUCCUCCCUACCCUACCCCAUCUAAGUUGCAAUUGUCAAUAUUUUUCCCAUUUUCCUUCACUUUGUUUCAUUAGUUUCUCCUCUAUAUCUCUGCGUCUCAAACCUAUUGUCAACAAUUCCCUAUUGAUGUAAAUAACUGGUGUUUUGUUUUACCAUUAUGUGGAUUCAAUUAGUUUCAUACGA